AUGGCGGACAAAAACCUCCCUCCGAUGGAGUACCGUUUCCUCGGCCGCACCGGGCUUCAAGUCUCGGUCAUCUCGCUGGGUGGCUGGCUUACGUACGGUGGGCAUGUUGAGGAUGAAAGAACGUUCGAAUGCAUGAAGGCCGCUUUCGACGCGGGAAUCAACUUCUUCGAUACCGCAGAGGGGUACGCCGGUGGACAGUCAGAAAUCGUCAUGGGCAAGGCGAUCAAGAAGUUUGGCUGGAAUAGGCAGGAUUUGGUUAUUUCGACGAAGAUCUACUGGGGCCAGGCCAACGCCAAAGACCCCCAAAACCCCAUCAACAACAAAGGCCUCUCCCGGAAACACGUCAUUGAAGGCCUCGAUCUCUCUCUCAAGCGUCUCGGCCUCGACUACGUUGAUAUCGUCUACGCACACCGGCCAGACCGCCACACGCCCAUCGAGGAGAUCGUCCGCGCCUUCAACCAUGUCAUCAACACCGGCAAGGCGUUCUACUGGGGCACCUCGGAGUGGUCAGCCAGCGAGAUCGCCGAAGCAUGGCGCGUGGCGGACAAGCUGGGCCUGAUCGGCCCCGUGGUCGAGCAGCCGCAGUACAACCUGCUGGCGCGCGAGCGCGUCGAGGGCGAAUACCGCUGGCUGUACGAGGAGCACGGGCUGGGGCUGACGGUGUUCUCGCCGCUGAAGCAAGGUAUCCUGACGGGCAAAUACAACGACCAGCCCGCGCCGCCGCCGGGCAGCCGUCUGGCCGAGGGCAAGGGCAAGGACCAGUUCAUCACCAACUUCGCCAAGACGUUCGGCGACGAGACGUGGCAGAAGAACCUGGCCAUCGUGGCCAAGCUCAAGCCCAUCGCUGAGGAGCUGAAUGCGUCGCUGGCCCAGCUCGCGCUGGCCUGGGCGCUCAAGAACCCCAAUGUCUCGUCUCUCAUCACGGGGGCGUCGAGGCCGGAGCAGAUCUACGAGAAUGUGCGCGCCCUCGAGGUGGCCAAGAAGCUGACGCCUGAGAUUCUCGAGAGGAUCGAGCAGGUGGUUGGGAACAAGCCGAAGGAGGAGCCGCUGCGAUUUUGA